AUGUCACAUCAGAAGUUGCACAUUGCAAGCUGUUAUGCUUUGCUCCUAUGCUACACGUUGCUCUCUCUGAGUCACUGCGUGGAUGGACGCAGUAAGGCUCCGAUAAUUAAUUUAAAGCAUUUCAUCGGCUGUGCUGUGCGAGAGUUCACCUUUAUGGCCAAGAAACCAGGCUGUGGAGGCCUGCACAUCACCACUGAUGCCUGCUGGGGGCGCUGUGAGACCUGGGAGAAGCCGGUCCUGGACCCACCCUUUAUUGAGUCGUACCAGAGAGUGUGCACCUAUAACGAAACGCGUUUUGUGACUGUCCAGCUGCCAAACUGUACCAGUGACAUUGACCCUUCCUAUACCUACCCAGUGGCCAUUAGGUGUGACUGUGGAGUGUGUCUGACCAGUAACACGGAAUGCAUCACCUCAGUGUGA